CAGCAGACCGCGGGUGCUGAUGGCCCCUAUAGAAGUUGUACUUGGCAGCGACUGAAUUCGGACCCCGCGUCGCAGCUAAACACCAAGUCCGCCCUCAUCUUCCAGCCCAAUCUUUCCGCCCGAAAAUUCCACGACAGCAGCGAAAGCGAGCCGUCGGUCUCUGACAGUCAGUGCAGUGGCGGAACCCACGAAACGGCCAGCAGUUGGGACGACAAGAUUGUACCUCCAAAAGGGUCGUUGCUCAACACCUAUGGAAUUCUCACACAUUACAGUGAUUAUAUAAUUGCGGUGGUUCUUACAUGAAUUUGUAUAGGCAAAACUAGUAAAAGCGAACGCAGCGAGCGGAUUUCCAUGUUAAGUACUACGGAUUGUCGUGCUAAUAUUUAUACCGCGAUGAGAACUACUUGUCAUGCGAGGCAACUCGAAGAUCGGAUGGGGCGGGCUGAUGGUGAUUUUUUUACCUGCGAAAAUCAUCGUGCAUUAGCUGACAUCAAAGUAGCGUUUGAAAGUCCCAUAGAACCGUUGCCCAAUUUCGCGUAAACCGUAGGCCGAGCGGUGCCAUCGAGUCAAACUGUAACGCUACGAGGCAUCAAG